AAGGUCGAAGACAAUCGUACUUUCAAAAUAUUACCCAAUGACGAUGAAAUUCCCUCUGAGGUUUAAAACUUUUGUUGGAGAGUUGAUCCAACAAAGAACUUUCAGUUGUGGCACCUUCUCUAAGGUCAGAGGAGUACUUAACCAUCUGACUGUUGUUAACGGAAACAAAGUGUGUGGAAUGCAAUCUGGUGAAUCCCUAAAUUUAUCUUCUGGUAAGUUUGGGGCAGUCAUCACUAAAACAACAGCAUCAACCCAAGAUACUCCUGUUGCAGUUAUCCUUGGAUGGAACAGCUCUAAAGGAAAACAUCUUAAAAAGUACAGCAAGAUUUUUGAAGACAAGUCCUAUGACACCAUCUGUGUUCCUGCAAAGCCAAUCAACACAUUUCUUAGACCAGGAACCAAGGUUAAAAAAAUUGGCCAUUACAUUUUGGAUCUUUUAGUUGAUCUCAACUGUCAAAAGAGGCCUGUGUUCCUUUAUGCAUUCAGCAAUGGUGGCUGUGCUAUGUUUUUUCAUAUAAUGGAAGCCCUCUCAUAUCCAACCACAGCAUACUAUCAAGCAGUACCAGUUGUUGGGACAAUCUUUGACAGCUGUCCCAUCAAUCCAGACAUUAAAAGUUUGAAAGCCACAAAAGAGAGUGUUACUGACAUGAUCAAAAAUCCAAUUGUUAAAGCAGCAUUAUGGUACAGCAUGACUGCUUUUAUCCCUCCUGUUAUUUACUUAAAUGGUACUGUGAAGCGUUACAUGUCAGGUAUGGAAGAAUCUCCACUUUUAUGCCCACAGUUGAUUUUUUACUCAAAGACAGACAAGUUUGCUCCACACCAGGACAUUGACUUUUAUAUUCAAGCAAGAAGACACAAGGGCAUUCAUGUUACACCCAAAUGCUGGGACAGCUCAGAACAUGUCAAUCAUUACAGAGAACAUACUGAUGAGUACUUAAAGGUACUGAACUUGUUCACUGAUUUUUGCUUAACUUCAUACCAUGAUCAGAAAAAGUGAAUUUUCACUGUUAGGUAAAUUACAACUGAAACUCGAAAAGUAGCCUACACAACAAUUUCUUAAGUAAUAUACCAAAGACAAGUGCAAGUGUUUGAUCAGGGGUUCCAAACACUGAUGAACAGCUGGAAGCACUUGGCCACAGGCCGAGUGCUUUUAUUGUUUCAAGGUGUUUGGAACCCCCAAUGAAACAUGGAGCACAAGUUUUUGAGAUGACUUCUCAACUGAAACAAUAAAAAAAAAUUGCAGUAUCAAGUAUUUGAGGUGAGAUCAAAACCAUGUUUCAUCUCAGAUCAAAACCCUUAAGAUUUUCAUCUGAGUGUUCAUUGGGUAUCAAAGUUCAUGCAUGUCACCCAAUUAUGCCUCAUUUAUUGGCUGUUGCCCUCAUGAAUUUGAGAAGCUACCCUCUAGUGCACCACCUGAAAUUCGCAUGAGUGGCAAAUAAAAAAUGGAUUAAAUAUUUUUUAAUUGCGAGAUUUUCAAUUGCUUAGAUAUGGGAAAUGACUAUAGACAAUUGUGUUUAAAUUAUUUUUUGGUAUUGAAGUUUUCUAUGGUGAGUUACAAUAUGAGUUAUCAAAAACAUGUUGUAGGCAUCAUCAGGGCUCUGCUCUGCUCUGGAAUUGGGUGUAAAAGUCAUAUUGUGCUCUAUUGCUUGUGGAUAACUAAUAUAAGCAUUUCCAAGAGAAAAGUCCCUGAAACAACAACAACAACAUCUUUUAUUUAAACACGGUGGGUUUUAAAGCUAAUAUUGCUUAUGGGGCCGUGUAAAAAAUGUUAAUAAAAUAAUAAAAAAUUAAAAUUUA